AUGGCAGAGGGUGGUCUUCCGCAAUUGGAUGAUGAAGGGAACCGAGGAGGGGCUACCUGGCUACAUUUUGCUGCUCUGGUUGGGAAAUGCGAUAUCGUGGAUGAGAUCAGGCUUUUAACGAAUCCUCCCUGGGAGGAAUGCAUCAAAGCACAGACACGAGCGAGGGUCACACCCUUGCAUAUUGCUGCUAGGAUGGGACAUCAUCAAAUGAUCUUGGAUCUUCUGGGUUAUCUUGCAGGUAAAAGCCCAGACUCCAGCGAAGAGCUCCAGCUAAAUGAACUUGUCAAGAAGCCUGAGAAUCAAGCAAAAGGAGAAGCCGUGUUGCAAGCCAUCAUUCAGGAGACCGAGAAUGAGGACAAUCUCAUAUCACUAGCGGUAGCAAAAUCAAUGCAAACUCACAGCCUAGCACAUACAGGAAAUUCCAAAGCGACCUUUGAGAAUCAGGGAUAUCAGAACAUUGAGAGUUUGGAGACUGUCUUAUGGAAGACACUGAUCACUGUCAUAAAUCAGCAUCAGAAUGGUUUCUUCUCCUUUCCACACACUGAAAAUGCAGAGCUUGUUGUCAAGACUCUGAUUUGGAGAGGUAAUAUGAGCAACAAUAGCACAUGGAGCCUUGAUUGCCUCGAUGAUCUCAGAAAAAAGCUGGAAAUACUCGAUCACCCAAAAGGGAAUCUUUUGGACUGGGCUGUUAGUCACAGAUAUCCCGUGGCUGUUUAUUGGCUUCUUUCGAGUGGACUUUAUUUCAGUGAACAUCAAGUUCAAGACUGUGAGAGCUACACAGACACACAGAUCCAGAGUCGCGAAGUAACAAAAUUGGAGAAACGACGGGCAGAAUUACUCUCGACGACAGAAAAUCCCGAGGGAUCGACAGUACAAGCUGAAAGGAUCAAAGAAAUUGGUAAGGAAAUUGGAGAGAACAAGGAGGGGAUCAGAAUCAAGGAGCAUAUAAAAAAGCUUUUGCGAAGCCCUCCUCCUGUUCGUGCACGCAAAGGUGACACAGAGAGUCCACAUUUCCAGGGUUUAAUCAACAGUUGCGACAAACAAGAAGGAACAGUACUGGAUCUCUGUCUUGUCGAAAAUAAGAUAAUCCCCAAGCAUACAAGAGAGACAAUCUUCAACAUAAUAGACGAGGGGCCUGAAUUGCUGAUGAGGAGGAAUAAGGAGCCCACAUACGCGGAUUUCAAAGCUGCGCUUUUUCCAAAUAGCAGCCCUGAGGAAAAGGCUCCUGAACGCGGGGCUCGGAACAAGAAUCAGAGACAAGAGCGAGCUGAACCCCGGCUACUCCAAAAAAGAAUCCGAUGGGUUCAUAUCCCCGUGAAUAAUGUGAGUAUUCAGGGGCUCAUACUAUCGACUGGUCGAGCCAGUGCAUCUAUAGAUUCCAUUUUCUCUGAGCUAUGCUAA